AAGAGAAGUUAUCUUUCAACUUAGUUUGCUUAUCUUAAAAAAAAAAUCAAGAGCUUCAAAAUGAGUACAGCUACUUUCGUAGAGAUCCUUCUUGCUAUCCUCUUGCCUCCUCUCGGCGUCUUUCUCAAGUUUGGUUGCAAGGUUGAGUUUUGGGUAUGUUUGAUUUUGACACUGUUUGGUUAUAUCCCCGGGAUCGUCUACGCUCUUUAUGCCAUCACCAAGAACUGAUUGCUCAUAUCCCCUCUGUUCUUUCCUCUUGGUCUCUCCUCGGGGAAUACUGCUUCAUCGUGUUAUCUCUUUUUUUUUUUUAACAACUGCUAGCUUCAUCGUGUUAUCUCAUUUGAACUGAUUCAUUUAUGUUAUGAGUAAUUAAUUAUUGUUUUAUUAUGAGAUUUAUGCUCAUAUGACAAAGAAACCGUUGGUUUAUUGAGGACCUUCUUUAUUUCGUGUUAUAAACUUAUAAUUAUUGGUAAAAUGUUGGAAGUGGCGUAGGUCUGACUUGGACCACUACUUUAGAA